CUACACACACAACAGCGAGCAAAAAAAAUUACAAUCAAAUUGCUUUAGCUUUCCUCAUUAAUGUAGCCAUGGCUUUCGAAGCUUUUGUGCUUGUCAUUUGCCUUCUUUCCCUUUCUCAUGCAACUUUUGCAGAGAAAGAAAAUUCAUCAUCACCCUUUGGUUUUCUCAAGCAUCUCGAGGGAUGUCACAAGGGAGAGAAGGUCAAAGGCAUUCACGAUCUCAAAAAGUACCUCGAAAACUUUGGCUACUUAAGCUAUCAAAAUGUCAAGAACAACUCCCAUGCCAACGACGACGAUUUUGACGAUCUCUUGGAAUCCGCAAUCAAGACUUACCAGCUGAAUUACAAUCUCAAAUCCACCGGAACUCUCGACGCGAAAACGGUGUCGAAAAUGAUGACGCCACGAUGCGGCGUCGCCGAUAUUGUUAACGGAACGACGAGAAUGAGAUCAGGCAAGAAAAGCAACCACCAACAUGGCCGUGGCAAUUUGCACAUAGUCGGUCACUAUGCUUUCUUCCCAGGAUAUCCCAAGUGGCCUUCAAACAAGUACCAACUAACCUAUGGUUUCCUUCCCGGCACGCCUUCGGAGGCCAUGAAUCCGGUUUCGAAAGCCUUCCAAACAUGGGCUUCCAACACCCACUUCGCAUUCUCCCAAGCCCAAGAUUAUACCAACGCAGACCUCAAAAUUGGUUUCCACCGCCGAGACCACGGCGAUGGAUCGGCUUUCGACGGCCCUGGUGGAACGUUGGCCCAUGCAUUUGCUCCUACUGAUGGACGAUUCCACUACGACGCUGACGAGACAUGGUCCGUCGGGGCGGUUCCCAAUGCAUUUGAUCUUGAGACCGUGGCUUUGCAUGAAAUUGGUCACCUUCUUGGACUUGGACAUAGCUCGGUGGAGGGAGCUAUCAUGUACUCUGGGAUUGCCGCUGGAGUGACCAAAGGCUUGCAUGGUGACGAUAUCCAGGGAAUCAAAGCUUUAUACAAUGCUUGAAAUGUGGGAAAUUACGAACUUACAGUCACAGAAAAUAAUGGAUGAAAAUAUACCAUACAUAGGCAUUUCGGUUAUAAUUAGAUUAGUAGCACUUUCCAUACCGUACCUUUACAUAUAACGUACCGGAUAUCGGUAACCCAUGAAGAUCACCAUGUUAAUUUUGUUUAAUUUCUUGGUACUCAAUUUAUGAGUUUUCUUUUGCGUUAAUUAAUUAAUGGAAAUAAAUUAAGCAUUGGAUUA